AUGCUCCCAGCGACCGAGAAAAACACCCAAGCGAUCGAGAACGCAACAGCCCUACAAGGCGUCUGCUGGGGCGAUGAGUACGAGAUAAUGAUAUCGGGGAUGCUAUACAACCCCCUCGCCCCCGAACUCAUCGCAGGCCGCGAAAAAGCACGCCGUCUCAUCGCCGAAUUCAACGCGCCGCCUGAUCCCACCAUCCCCUUCGCCGAUACCAUCGCGCGCAGAGAAGCUGCCCUGCGAAAACUCUUCGGUCACGCGGGUGAAGGAAUCUACGUUGAGGCCCCGCUAUUCGUCGACUACGGGUGCAAUAUCAGCGUUGGAAAGGCGUUCUACGCCAACUUCAACCUCACUAUCCUCGACUGCGGCCUCGUUACAAUCGGCGACCACGUCGAGAUCGGACCGAACGUUAACAUCAUUACCGGCGAGCACUAUACUGAGAUCAAUGCGCGGCGAGCGAACCGCGGGAAGGAGUUUACGAGGGAGGUUGUCAUUGGCAAUGACUGCUGGAUUGGGGCGGGUGUUACGAUCCUCGCUGGGGUGGUGAUUGGUGAGGGGUGCACGGUUGGUGCGGGAUCCGUGGUUAAGAGGGAUAUUCCGGCGUUUAGCAUUGCUGUUGGGUGUCCGGCGAGAGUUGUUAGGUCGGCUGGGAGGCCUGAUGGGGAGAGGGAGGAUUAG